GUGUCUGAGAGUCCACAUUAAAACCCUGUCAAGGGCAAAAGGGCGAUGAGGAAAGAAAAGAAGUUCCUGGAAACAGAGAGAGAGUGGAGAGAGGAGGGACGCUGCGUUUCAAACCAACACUGAGACACUGGACUGAGGACACAGUUCAGUGACCAGACAUCACAAAGUCUGAGUGAGACACGACACGACACAUCUGAUCUGUUCAAGUUCACCUAGUAUUCACAUUCACAGCUCAGCGGACUGCAGCAGCCACUCAUCGUGACUCACGUCACUUGUGGGAAAGUGUUUGCAACAGCAACAAUAAUAGAUUGCACAGUUGAGUGUUUCUCCACUGGUUCAAAGUAUCAAGGCUGUUCAAGAAGUUCUAAAGAUUUCAGCCAUGAGUGGAAAUAGUUGUCAGCUCCUGGUGUCUCCUUGCACCGUGUCCCCAUCACUGAGCAUGAUCCGAGGACACCAGCCCCAGUCCAUCAGGUUUCCCAUGUCUCCCCCGCCACGGGCCAGUCUCAGUCCGUCCUCAGGAACAGAGAAAGCAAAAAAAGGACCAGUUCACCCCCUCGCCUCUGGGACGCAGAGCAGAAGCCAUGUUGUUCUACCAAUCUUGAGCCUCCGGCGGCAGGUGCUGACUAAUGGCAGACAUCUAAACAUGCCGAGUGCAUCCCCACCACAGCAUGUACCUACCCAUCAUCCUCCAACCACAGCAGUGGCAAAUACCAUUCAUACAGGGCUCUGCUCCUCUAACAUCAGCUUUAAAGCAGGUUGCCCUGUGUCUCAUCCCACCAUGGAAGUAUUUGGAAAAGCAGCUGCAGCUGACCAGACAGUCACCAGUAUUCCCAUCACAGGCCACACAUGUACAGCCGGUCCUGCUGUGCCUCAUCCUCCAUCUCAUUUCCAUGGUGUUACAGUUCCCCACACUGAUGCCAGAUCCGUGCUGUCCAGAGAAUCCCUGGCAUCCACUACCCUCAGUCUGUUUGAAACACAGUCAGUGUUUAGCGGGAAACAUGACUGGCCAUAUGGCUACCGCGUGCUUCCUUCACUGGGACUACCUCAGUGCUCCACCCAGGCCAGCGAGGGAGGCGAGCAACUCAGCGUUUCACCAGGCACGGCCAUGUCUGGAGGCACGAGCAACUCUGCCUCGCUGCCUUCGUACCUGUUUGCUGGCGAUGGUGGAAGCCGCAGUCCAUCUCGUGCUAAGAAAAGGGCGCUGUCCAUGUCGCCUUUGUCCGAUGUCAUAGGUACCGAUUUCAACUCAAUCAUACGCACCUCGCCUACCUCACUUGUGGCUUAUAUCAAUGGUUCCCGCAGCUCUCCAGCCUCCCACUCCACGCUCUCACCUGUCCAGUCUGAGGGGUACGGUCACUUCCUGGGUGUGAGAGGACGCUGCAUCCCCCAGGUCCAUCCCUACGGCAUGCCAUGCUCUUCGAAGGCUAUGGCCUCACAGACAGUGUGUGGCCGUAUGCAGGUUCUUGAAGAGGGAAGGUGUCUGGAGAGUCAGAUGGCUAACAUGGUGGUGGAGCACCAGUGCCUCCCAGAGGAAGGAGGGGCACUGGAUAAAACUUCAGAGAGCUGUAGCCAAACCUCCAACACCCUGCUGCCAUCUUUAGCUCUAUUGACUACACUCCAUGAAGCUGCCUCUCCACAGGGCCCUCCGCCACCCUACCACUCCCACCAACACGUUCGCCUCCCGAGGCGUCAUAGCAAAAUGAAGCCUUCUUCUCAGGAACCUCUCACACAGGCUCCAAUGCUUCCUCCGAGGCAUGGGGUGAGCUUUCUACCCCAGGUCCCAAUGCUGGAGGAGGAAGAAGGAGAGCUGGAGGACUAUGGGGCCCACUGCUGCAAGUGGUUGGAUUGCAGGGCAGUCUAUGACCAAAAGGAGGAGCUGGUAAGGCAUAUAGAGAGGCUACAUAUAGAUCAGCGGAAGGCUGAGGAUUUCACAUGCUACUGGGUGGACUGCCCACGCAACUUCAAGCCCUUCAAUGCCCGAUACAAGCUUCUCAUCCACAUGAGGGUCCAUUCAGGAGAGAAACCCAACAAGUGCACGUUCGAGGGCUGCAAGAAAGCUUUCUCUAGGCUAGAAAACCUGAAGAUCCACCUGCGGAGCCACACGGGGGAGAAACCCUAUCUGUGUCAGCACCCAGGAUGUCACAAGGCUUUCAGCAACUCGAGUGACAGAGCAAAACACCAGCGCACACACCUGGACACAAAACCAUAUGCAUGCCAGGUGCCCGGCUGUGCAAAGCGCUACACUGAUCCCAGCUCCUUGAGGAAACACGUGAAAUCACACUCGACGAAAGAGCGACAGUCACGGAAGAAGAUGAGAUCUACUAUGGAUGUCACCCAGGACACACUGACAGACUGUUUAACUAUCCACCCUCUGCAGUCGAGCCUUUCUCCUCUGGCAAGGAUAGACAACAACUUGAACCUUGCCUCUGAUGCAUCAUAUGAAUCCUACGCUGCUGCUCCCCAGGGACAAGACUCCUCCAGCGAUCCUCGCCUGGCUCUGCUGUGCUCCUUACAAGAUAAUUACAGGUUUGUUGAUCCUUCCCCUCACCAGCUCUUCUCUGGGGACCCGUGUGGGCCUUGCUCUUCCAUCUGCCUCCCUCAUACUCCCAAUGGGACCUCCCUGCACAACAACCAGGAUCUGACACCGCCAGAGCUCUCGGGGCAGAUGAAGAGGUUAUAUUCACCUCCACACUACGGUGGGAUCACAGCACAGACCAGUUCCAGUCGCCUGAUGCAAGUUGACGCUUUUGGUGACAGCCUCGCUCCAGCAGUCAAUAAUCCCAGUGGGGUCGCAACCUCGCAAAGCUCUCUUCCCAUCGCAGAGUUUAACAUCCACAGUCAAGCACAUGACGCGCCUGCUAAUGAAGAAUUAUGUGGAGGAGAUUUCUUCCCCAUGGCUGACCACUUCACAAGCCCGGGCUCCCACAUCUAUACGGACGGAUAACAUCACACAACUAUGGGCUUCGUUCCUUUGCACUAUUUGAGCCAGAACAUCGCAUUGCAACCUGGCGGCAGCUUCAGUUCGUUUAGCAGAAUAAAGAAUGGCUUCUUUGACACUGAACAAUCUAAAUAUUAGUUUCUCUCUGUUUGACUAAACUACUAUCUGACUAAUAAUGCUGGCGUUCGCGUCUUCUUUUAUUUGCGUGUGUGUAACAAGUAGUAAAUACUUCAGGUUUAGUUUCUGGUGACAUUUUGCUAGAUACUCAACACUCAGAGAAAAGUAUACAAGAGAUCAUUUAUCAACUUUUUUUUUCUUAGAAACGUGGCUUUGUAACUAUAGUAACAAGACAGCCUCACCAUUUCACUGUAAUAUUCACAUAACGGCAUGGAGCCUGAAUAUACAUACAAUAGUACUGUGUUAUGAUUUCAUGUUGGUAACCAUGUCAGUGAUUGUACAAGAAAAAAGGUUUAUUUACUGAAAACUACUUAGAUGACCCUUUCUAAAAAAAAAAGCAUCAGACCUUUUCUGCAAACAUUCAUUUCAGUUAUUUAUUCCACAUGGUAUGGAAAAGAAUGUGCUGUGACUGCAAAAAUGUCAUUAUCAAUGCUUUUGUUUUUUUAGCAUGUUUUUCUUUCUUAUUUUUGCACAUCCAAUCUGUACCUGCCGCUGCAUAAAUAUAAGCCAAAUGUAAAUACAAGUUAAAAAUGGGAAAUGUAAAGUUUACUGUGAACCCAACACAAAAAUAUCUGUUAAUUUUUAAUGAAUAUGUGAAUAAAAAAACAUUCAGAACUCAAA